UCAACGAUCGCUCUGAAACAAAAUUAACAGAAGCCGUACACACACACUUCGAUACUUGCGAGCAGAGAUGGAAGAGUCUCAGGAGAUUUUGUUGAACUCGCUCGAGAACGCCGGCGUUUUGGUCCCCGAUGACGUCGCUUCGAUCCGUGACUUGUCGCCGAUGGCCUUGGCGUCGAUCUGCGCUCAGUGUCUGAAUAUAAUCCAACCUCGAACGGCGACGUUUCCAACCACUCUUCCUGAUUCAAUGGUGGACAAGUUCAAGGUCUGCACGGACAUGGCAUUAGCAGUAAAAAAGCUCGGCUUUUCUGGAGAUAUGAGCUAUUACAAGUUCCUAUAUCCAACUGAAGAGGACUUGUACAAAUUGGUAAGAUUCUUGGUGGAAAGGCUUCCCAAGUUAUCUGAAGGUGUUGAGAUUGUCAAACCAAAGGAGAAUAAAUUGAAGAGUGCCUCGGAGGAUUUAAUAGUGGAGGCUGAUAUUGAAAAUCAUCUUGAAAUUGGAGCAAGAUUAGAAGACCUUAGAUUGAAUACUGAAGGGCAACCAUCAACAAAUUUCAAGGCCAAAGUUUCCUCUCUCAGUGGGUCUUAUGAGGAUCCUUUGGCUGUUAACAGUAUAGUGGAUUCUGGAACUCAAGGUUCAGGUAGAGGUAAUGAUUCAACUGAAGACCCUCCAGAGUCAGGACAAGGUGCAUUUGGUGUUGAAGGAACUGUGGUGGAAAAUAAAUUGCAAGUAAUUUCUCUUCAACAACAGGCUUCGGAGAUAAUAGAAGAGACUGAAAUGUUACAGAAUCAAGGAAAGGAUCUCACGGAGGAGCUGACGGCUAAAACUUCAGAACUACAGCAUCUAGAUGAAGAGUUAAAACUGUUGAGGGAAGCAGCUGAAAUGGGAUUUGAUGACCAAUAUCCUAUUGACCACUACUUUGAGCAGCUCAAUAAGCAAAUAGAUGCGAAGAAGCAAAACAUUACUGAAAUGGAGUUGCAAUGGGAAGCAAUUAAAAAGCCCUUGGCAGAGAAAAAGAAAAGUCUUCUGGAGUCCUUGUGUGUGAACAAUCCAGAAGCACUGGAAAUAUUCCAUAAGUUGAGUGAAGUCGAGCUGGAAAAGCAGUCCGUUUUAUCUGAAGUUAAAAAGAGGGAAGAAGAACACGCCAAACUUUCUUCAGACCUUAAGAAGCAGCCCAAGCAAGCAUCCAGAGGAUCGUAUAUUCAGAGGAUAAAAGAGAUCACCAAGAACAGUCGGAAGCAGGAUGCUGACAUAGAGAGGAUCUUGAUAGAAACUCGGAAGCUUCAGUUAGAGAGUAAUUCUAUCCAAGAAAGCCUUCAUCGAACAUUUGCAUUUGUCGAUGAGUUAGUGUUCAGGGAGGCAAAGAAAGACCCAGUUGGCCGACAGGCUUACAAGCUCCUCACAAGCAUACACGAUACCUUUGAACAGAUCUCCGACAAAAUCCUCGCCACUGAUAGAAUAAGAAGGGAAGUUGCUGAACAUGAAAAAAAACUAUCUACCAUGACAUCCCAAAGCUUGCAUAUGCACAAACUACAAGCUGAUAUUGAUGCCAUUGUAAAGGAAAAUGAGUAUCUUGAGCAACGCAUUCGAGAUUAAUGACCCUCCUUCAGAAUCCGUUAUUACAUCAUUUCUGCAGUUUGCUUGAUUUAUCACAACAAACUUCCCUGGUUAACACUUAACAGUGUAUUAUACAUUCUGUUUCUCGACUCGUUACCGGAGACUCCUUUCGAGUAAUUUUUAUCUGUUCUCAUACACAGAUUCAUGUGACAGUUUUCAUCACAACAAAUUUCCAUACCAGGCUUGUUUAUUGAAUUGUCCUAUUAUAUGAUACAAAUACAAUUCCAGUCA